GACCCGCUGGCAGGCGGCGCGGGAGGGCGGAGGAGGGAGCCGGCCGGGGCGGCGGAGCGUGUGUGCCACCCGCGGACCGGUCACGUCCUGGCGCGGGCGCCGGAGCCCGUGCCGAGCACAACCAGGGCGCCACAGCCCCGCGACGCUCGCGGCCCCGCCCCGCCGGGUGCAGCUCGACCGACGCACGAAGCCGCGCCCGGGAGGUGAAGGGCCGGAUGCGAGGCAGGGAGCUGGAGCAGCCUGAGGCAGGGGGGCCUCAGGGGUGCUGGGCCCUCCAGCCGCGCCUGGAAGCAUCAUCGCCACAGCAACCAGCAAGCAGACAGCAGUAGCCUGGGCAGACACUGCCUGGGCAGACGCAAGCCGACAGCUACCUACCCGUGGCCGAGUGCAGGGAAUGACUGCGGCAAAUCAGGCCACGGUGCCGACCAGGGAGGUGGAGUGUCACUAGAGGGGAGGGUGUGGUCUCUGCCCCACCACCCUGAGCGCCAUGCCAGCAGGAGAAGAGGGGCUGGGGCAGGGAUCACCGUGUGACAUGGCCUUGCCCCAAAGCCAGUGCUGAGCGCUCCCCUGCUCAGCUGCCCCUCUCCCGUCUGCCUGUCACACCAGCCCUCACCGUGACCUUUCUGUUUGGUGGCAAGGGGGAGAGUCCCGCCUUCUGCAUCUUGGGGGAGGGGGCGGGCCUGCUGCCGCCGGCCGGACCAUGGGAUGUCGGCAAAGCUCAGAGGAGAAAGAGGCGGCGCGGCGGUCCCGGAGAAUUGACCGCCACCUGCGCUCCGAGAGCCAGAGGCAGCGCCGGGAGAUCAAACUCCUCCUGCUGGGCACCAGCAACUCGGGCAAGAGCACCAUCGUCAAGCAGAUGAAGAUCAUCCACAGCGGCGGCUUCAACCUGGAGGCCUGCAAGGAGUACAAGCCCCUCAUCAUCUACAACGCCAUCGAUUCCCUGACCCGCAUCAUCCGGGCCCUGGCCGCCCUGAAGAUCGACUUCCACAACCCAGACCGCGCUUACGACGCGGUGCAGCUCUUUGCACUGACGGGUCCAGCGGAGAGCAAAGGGGAGAUAACGCCAGAGCUGCUGGGGGUCAUGCGGCGGCUGUGGGCUGACCCCGGGGCCCAGGCCUGCUUUGGCCGCUCCAGCGAGUACCACCUGGAAGACAAUGCGGCCUACUACCUGAACGACCUGGAGCGCAUAGCGGCGCCCGACUACAUCCCCACAGUGGAGGACAUCCUGCGCUCCCGGGACAUGACCACGGGCAUUGUGGAGAACAAGUUCACCUUCAAGGAGCUCACCUUCAAGAUGGUGGACGUGGGUGGGCAGAGGUCAGAGCGCAAAAAAUGGAUCCACUGCUUUGAGGGCGUCACGGCCAUCAUCUUCUGUGUGGAGCUCAGUGGCUAUGACCUGAAGCUCUAUGAGGAUAACCAGACGAGCCGAAUGGCGGAGAGCCUGCGCCUCUUUGACUCCAUCUGCAACAACAACUGGUUCAUCAGCACCUCGCUCAUCCUCUUCCUGAACAAGAAGGACCUCCUGGCGGAGAAGAUCCGGCGCAUCCCCCUGAGCGUCUGCUUCCCCGAGUACAAGGGCCAGAACACGUACGAGGAGGCCGCGGUCUACAUCCAGCGCCAGUUCGAGGACCUGAACCGCAACAAGGAGACCAAGGAGAUCUACUCGCACUUCACCUGCGCCACCGACACCAGUAACAUCCAGUUUGUGUUCGACGCGGUGACGGAUGUCAUCAUCCAGAACAACCUCAAGUACAUUGGCCUCUGCUGAGGAGCCAGGCGCGGCCUGCUUGCCUGUGGCGAAACCCACGGGGGGGGUGCCCGCACCCCAGCCCGUGCUAGAGAGGCGCCCGACCCAGGGGCAGUAAACGGGGGUGCUUGAAGAAUGUGCCCCCACCCCCCACCCCCCUCCCAGCCUCUGCCCUCACGGCCCCACGUUUCUGCAAACACAGACAUAUUUGGAUAGGUUGCUAAGUAGGUAGACACACAGACACGCACCCGUGCACACCUGGAGGCGGCGGAGCUCUCCCAAGUGUCGAGGUUUCCUGAAGUCUUAAGAAGCCGCCGCUGUCACAAGUCCAUCCCAUGGCCAUCUUGCCUCCGCUCCCUGCCUUCCUGAGUCGACCCCCACUUCUACAGGGAGGUGGGGUUCUCGUCAGACUGAUGGGGAGAGGCUGCGGGGCUGGGGCCGGCUGCGGCUGGCUGUGCCCAUUGCCCGGGAGAGGGGCCAGCUCACCAACUGAGCUCUGGACUGGGGACUUCCGCUGACCGUGAGGGAGGGCCGGAGCAGGGACUGUGUGCCGGCUAGGCCACUCUGCAGCACAUCCGUCCUAGACCCAGGACCUGGGGAGGCCAGGACUGCACCAACCAGACCUCUAACCGCUGGUGGCUCUUUUUAAAACAGCUAAAAAGUACGCAGCAAAAAUUAACACAGGAAAAUGAGUGGCAUCGUUUAUUUCAAACUAGGCCAGCUGGAUUUCUAGCUUUUCUUCUACUGGCCUGACGUUUUAUAAAUGGAAACCUGGUUUUUCUUCUCUGGCAUCUUUGUUGUUUUUUUUUUUUUUGUUUGUUUGUUUUUGGGUUUUGUUUUUGUUUUUGUUUUUUUUUUAAAUCUUUAUUUUUGGCCAAAAUUUAUGUUUCACAGGGAAGAAAAAAAAAAAAAAACUAUGGACAAUUUUCGGAUGUGAUUAAAUAUUCUUUUUUUAAAUGCAGAUUUUCAAAACGCAUUUCAUUUCAGGUGUCCCCUUAUCGUCUGGCUUGCUCAGUAUAGAAGUCAUCAUCUGGACUUUCCUGCUCCUCGGCUCCAAAGAAUUCUGGGGCAGAUGUCCCACGCCAGCCUCCUGGGAAUUGUGUACAUAAACCUCUGUGGUGUCCUCCCGUUCUUGGUGCCAUUAUCUGCUUUGUUUUUAUUUAAGAAAAAAUAAAUAAAUAAAUGUGAUGUAUUUAAAGAAGGUUCUUUACCUAGGAGCGAAUGAACAGUAGCUGAAUGUCUUGGUGUUUGAAGUUUAAAUUAACUGUGGCUUUGCCAAAUGAAGGAAGGGGGAGGCAGGAGAUUGCACAGCCCCACCCCAUCCUCGCAUGCUCCGAGCCUGGUGUGGGCUCGGAGCUUGCUCCGACUCCUGUGAAGGCACAGCUAGAGUUGUGGCCUGAAGGAGGCCCUGUGGGGACCAUGCACGCUGGGCCUUCUAGCCCCAGGGCCCGCAGGUAGUGUCUUGAAAGACCCUUGGCUGUGUAUGAAUUCAGUGCUCCCCUGCCAAGGGUGUGGCACCAGUAAAGCCCUUGCCAAAUCUCAGCCCUCUGUUCGGUACCUGUCUGUCCAAGGUCAAUGUACAGAAUGGCAGCCAAGGAGUCAAGAUGUACAGAGGGAGAGGAGAGCUGAUGACCGUAUGGAAGUCAAAGGUUGUCUACUUUAAGAAAAUAAAAUACCCUGAAUGG